AGACGUAUUUUUCUUGAAUUACCUUUCAAAAACAUUAAACGUUAUUAUAUUUGAAGUUAGAUCGGUUGUUUGGAUUAUUAUCUUCUAUUUCCAAGUAGUCAUACAGAUCCAGAUGACUUUAGAGAAUUUAUUUUAGAGGCAUAUCAAAAACUCAGACAAGGGGGAGGAUUUGAGUUGCUCAAAAUCUCUGGAACAACACGGUGGCCAACUGAUCAUCAUACCAUGUCCCAAUGAGGGUUACCAUGUGAGACAUUUCAAAGAUCCACAAACACAGAUUGGUCACGCUACAAUUUUCAUCUGACCACUCCAAAGAAACCUGAAUCUGGACCCCUGUAAGAUCCUCCCUUUUAAAUUGGUGUUCCCAUAUGAAAAUAGCAGAGUAUGAACAUUUACACAAGUAUAGCUUGUGUUACAUUUUGAAAUGAUCUUGUUUACAGGCAUGUCAACCAGAAUGCAGUAGUGAGCUAGUUGGGACCACCUCAGAAAUGUGUGACGUGUGGAGAGGAGUUCCCUUUUACAAGAAUCAAGGCUCACAGUGAUGAGAGAUCCAGCAAUUGGUGAUGGCGUGACUCGCCAUCACAAGCAUCAUGUCCAAACUUCAGUAUGGUUUUGAGAUGAAUUUUGUACCAGGAGGAACUCUUCUUUUUGAGGGGGAACAAGAUCAUCUGAUUCCCUCCACUUGGCAUUCCCUUUUGGAGAGUGACUUCUUUGUUGUUGCUGGCCGAAUGAUUGGUCAUUCAGUCCUCCAUAGUGGGCCAUGCCUUGGAGGACUCAGCCCAGCUAUCCUGCAUGUGCUCUUUGGUGGAUCCCCAGAAGAAGCCAUAAUAGAUAUUAAGGAGUGUGCUGACCUUGACAUCCGUGAGACAAUCAAAGUGCUGGAGGGGACAGCAGAUAUGUCAUCUGAAGAAAAUAACCUAAUUAUUGAGUUGGCACUGUUCUGGGAUUUGCCUGCAGUCACAUCUGACAACAGAAGAUGGCUGCUGGACAAACUGCUCCUCCAUGCUGUCCUUGGAAGAACCUCAAGACAAGUGAAACAGUUACGAAGGGGGUUAAAAGAGACACCGAUCUGGCCUUUGCUAACUGAGAGGAAAGACACAAUUCCCCUCCUUUUUACAAGACUAUCUGAUGUACAGUGCACACCACAGGUCAAAGAUGAUUCAAGAUAGUGCUCAGAUUCGGCAGCGGGGUGCCCAGGACUUCAUGGCAUUCUAUGACUUUGCCUGUGCCAGACAGGAGUCGAUCCCUCUCCCGGCUGUUAAGAUGAACCUUGACAUGGGGAUGCUGGACUUUAAUGGCGAUAGGGUCAAACUCACAGACUGGCCUCCCAUUCUCAGCUCCAUCUGCAUCAACAAACACCUGCACCACAUUGCAAUAAGUAGCACAUACCAAGCUGGUCUGGCUUCUGGAGACACAGAUAGAAGGUACUAUAAGUCUAGCUUCAGGAAGAGGAUCCCAGCCAUUCGCUCUAAGGACAUGACAUUUAAGUUGUGCAAGGCCCUGAGAGAGUGUCUGGCUGCCUCUCCCAACCUCAAGACUGUGCAGCUCAAUGGACUUCCACUGAGAGAGAGGGACCUCAUCACCUUGACAAAGGGUUUUUCAAAAAGUGUUGUCUUGGAAAACCUAUCUCUGGCUAACUGUCCAAUCUCUGAUGAGGGCUUAGAGGUCAUCUGCCAAAGUGUGAAGUAUUCUACGAGCAUCAGGACGGUAGAUUUUACAGGAUGCAAUCUCACGUGGAGAGGAGCAGAGCAUAUGGCCAACAUCAUCAAGCAUCAGGGAAUGCAGAGGCAUGGUACUGCAUGGGCCGAGUCUCUGAGGUAUCGGAAGCCACAGUUUGAGGGAAUGGGAGGUCUCCGCCGCGUCACCCUGAACUCUAACACUUUGAUCGGGGACCGGGGUGCCGCUGCUCUUGCGCAUGAAGUGGCAGAGGACCUGUGGGUUAAAGCUUUGGACCUGCAGAGGUGCGGUCUGUCCAACGAAGGAGCUCGUCGUCUGCUGGAAGCCUUGAAAACUAACACUGCUCUUUGCGUACUGGAUAUUCGCAGUAACCCUUUAAUUGACAGGGUGCUAAUCAAAACUCUACUAGAGAAAGUACUGAUGAAUGCUGACAGACAGUCAUCCGAGUACUGCUGGAUCAAGCCUGCAGCCUCAGAGCCACAGAGAGCUUCUGGUCCAAAGAGGCGAGCACUACCCGGCACAGUCAGAGGAAAAACUACAUUUAGGAUAGCCGCUCGUAAAGGAACAUCUCCUGCAGGACGGAGUUCAGGCGAUGCUCAGACACAGAAGCCCGCUUCCCCCUCCGGUUAUGUGCCUUGGCGUGCUGCUGCACGAGCUGGACGCCAGAGAGGUAUGCCUCCUGGAGUUUGUGUGACGGAUCAAAGCUUUCAGGGUGCAGCUACCGUGAAGGUUACUGUGGAGUCUGAUUCGGAGGGUGAGGAAGACGAAGAAGAAGUGGAGGUGGAGCAGGGACCACCUUCUCUUGGCCUCGAGGACAGGAUCACCGGGCGGAAGUUUAAUCAUAUGCAGAUGGAGCUAAAGGAGUGUCGUCUGAGGCUGGCAGAGGAGCGCAGAGCCAGACUGAAAGCUGAGUCGAGGCUCAUGGAGUGUGAGUUGGACAACGCCCGUCUUCGUGACAACAACCUCUCCCUGUCGGAGGCGCUUGCAGCCAGCGGCUCUGCAUCAGCAGCGCCCGCUCUCAGCGCUCUUGAAGAUGAAGCGGUCCUCGAGAGCAUUGAGAGCUCGUUUACCAAGUUCCACGCUUUCCUGGAUCUCCUCAAGGACGCUGGCCUUGGUCAGCUCGCUUCAAUGGCUGGAAUCGACAAGUCAGAUUUCCCCCCUCCAGGAAGACCUCAGCUCUCCUCCACAGUAGGACCGCAUGUGGACGGCGCGGCGUCACUGCCUGGAGGGUUAGAGCAUCGGGAGGCAAAGACUGACGCGCCAUCUUCAAUAAGGGUAGGCGGCGUCCUGCCUGCUCCCCCGGGUAGACCGGCCGACACCACCCCCCCCAGACCUCCGUCCUCUGUCAGGGAGUUUCUGCGUGAAGACAGGCUGCUAGAUCUGACCUUCAGUCGGGCCUCCCGGCCUGCAGAAGACCCCGGUGUCGGUGGAGAAGAGGAACCCGACAAAUACUCAAAGCUUGAUAGCCAGCAUGACUCAGGUUCUGAGCGCAGCUUCCGUAGCCAAAACUCCUUCGAUAUGGUUCCCUUCAGUAAGACUUUUCAGACUCGGUCCAGCCGCCCCAAGAGCAACCACAGCAACUCACACGGAAGCAACGGCUCCCACGGACACAGCUACAACAGCAGCUACGCUGCCGGCCAUUCCUCCCACAGCAGCGGGUCUCACGGGGGAUUUUCCGUAGGAUCAAGUGUUAGUGACAUCAUGAGUGACAUGGCGGAGUCUGUGGGGUCGAGGAACAGGGGAAAGCUAGUGACAGUCGGUCAGGCAGGGUCAGAGGGGGGCUUCUAUCCUGGGAGCGAGACUGUGGAGCAGAUCAGGUCUCUGGGGGGGCAGUCAGACGAUGAGUCCUUCUGACCUACCGACCAGAGAAAUGGGAAAAGCUCCGCCUCUCUUUGAUCUCAGUGCCUUCUGUUUUUGAACUGUAGAAUUAUUCUGAAAUCUUUGGAAGACGCAAGACCAGAAGUCGUAGCAUGACAAGUGGAUUGAACACCUUGUUGCAUGGAAGCCAAAGCACAGACAGAGUUGAAUAUCCUACUAGAAUGUUUAAUUUUAGUUACAGAUUGAGACAAAAAUAUAUUUUUGAAGCAGUUGUGUAUUUUUAUAGUCUAGCAGAUGCAUUUUGCACUUGGAUAAGUACAGAAAAUGGUUUUAAUUCAUUAAGUGUGGUAGUAGAUAUUAGGGUUUUUAAGCUAACCCCACCACCAAUCAAGUCUCAAUUAAAAUCUGCGAAUCAAGUUCCCUCCAAUGUGAUCCUGUUUCAUCAGACCUCAGAGGAAAAUCAUCCUUUGGUAGCUUUUUCAUGCUUACUAUUACUGUUUUUAUGGCUGUUUGACACAAUAUUGUUUUAAGAGAUUUUUCAUAUGUGUGUAAUUUGUCCAUUUUGACGUACAUUUCAGUGGUUACUCUGCUGUUCAUAAUAUUUUUAAAUAAACAUGUUACACAAUGCACCUUGUCAGUGGGUGAAAUUGUGCCAAAAAACCCUCUGGACCUGUGUCUGCUCGCUCUCUAGAUGCAGCAAAUGUUUUAUUUUGCGUGUUUUCCAUUACAAGUGAGCCUCAGACU